CAUAACCUUUCAAGAUGGCAGCCUCCAUGUGUUGAAUGUCAAAUUAUUUUUGUUUCAUAAUAUUUAAAGCAAAGAAAUAGUUGAUUGCUUAAAAGAAAGACAAAGAUACAUUAAGAAGAUACAUAUAAUCAUGUAUAAAUCGGCUCUUCAACGUCACCGAACGAUUUCAAUCAGACUGUAUCAUUCAAGCAAACUCCUGAAAUCAUAUCCCAAGGGGAAUGUGAAAACAAAAACUGUCCUUGACACAGCUAGGGCCUUGCAGCCCGGAACAAAACUUCAUGGAUAUACUGUGAAAAAGGUUGAAAAUGUACCAGAACUGUUUUUGACAACAGUUGCUUUGAAUCAUGAUUUGACGGGAGCGGAGCAUCUUCAUGUAGCCAGGGAUGAUACCAACAAUGUUUUCAGUGUUGCGUUCAGGACAACCCCUAUGGAUAGUACGGGUGUUCCUCAUAUUCUCGAGCACACGGUCCUGUGUGGGUCUAAGAAGUUUCCAGUGAGAGAUCCCUUCUUCAAGAUGCUCAACAGAUCUCUAGCUACAUUUAUGAAUGCUUUAACAGCAAGUGACUGGACAAUGUAUCCAUUUUCAAGUCAGAACAGACAAGAUUAUAAUAAUUUGUUGUCCAUAUACCUUGAUGCUGUGUUUUAUCCACAACUUAGGGAGCUAGAUUUCAACCAAGAAGGUUGGAGACUGGAACAUGAGAAUAUACAAGAUAAAGAUUCACCAAUCAAUUUUAAAGGAGUGGUUUAUAAUGAGAUGAAGGGUGUUUUUUCGAGUCAGCAGAAUAUAUUUGCGGAGACAGUACAGAAUAAGUUACUACCUAGUCACACAUAUGGCGUAAUCUCAGGAGGUGAUCCAGAUUACAUUCCAGAUUUAACUUGGGAUCAUCUGAAAAACUUUCAUAAAACACACUACCACCCAAGUAAUUCCAGGUUUUUCACGUAUGGAAAUUUCCCGCUAGAGGACCACCUACAGUAUAUCAACAACAACUACCUCAGCCACUUUAAGAAGAUUGAAACAGAUACGUCGGUCCCUCUUGAACCGAGAUGGAGUAGCCCUAGAGAGGAAACAAUCACCUGUCAACCUGACACAAUGGCUCCAGACCCUAACAAACAAACAACAGUAGCCGUCAACUUCUUGUUGUCUGAUAUUACUGAUGUUGAGGAAGGGACUACCCUGAAUAUAAUCUCAAACCUGCUUACAGACGGGGAAACUUCACCAUUCUAUCAGGCAUUACUCGAGGCAAACAUCGGAUCUGAUUAUGCUCCUGUUGUUGGGUACAAUGGGUACACCAAGGAAAGUUCUUUUUCUGUCGGUUUACAAGGUAUUCACAAGGACGACGUGGAGAAAGUGAAACAAAUAAUCUCCGACACGAUUGACAAAGUUAUACAAGAAGGAUUUGAACAGUCGAGGAUAGAUGCUUUAUUACACAGAAUAGAACUCAGUACAAAACAUCAGACGAGCAACUUUGGUCUUGGCAUCGUAAUGUCUGUGACAUCAAUGUGGAACCAUGAUGGUGACGUGUCGGAGAUGUUACGUGUCAACAACCAGAUGAAGCUGUUUAAAGAGAAAUUGAGGAACGAUCCACAAUAUAUACAGAAUAAAGUCAAGCAGUAUUUCAAG